AUGGGUAUCCUCACUCUCAAGGAAGACAGGCCGACGCCUAAGGCCGUCUACAACUGGCGCGUCUACAUGUGCGCCUCGGUCGCGUCGUUCGCCGCGUGCAUGAUCGGCUACGAUUCUGCCUUCAUCGGCGGCACCAUCGCCCUGAAGUCUUUCCAGGAAGAGUUCAACUUUGCCCAGUACAGCGACAGCGCUCUUGCUCUGACGCGCGCCAACAUUGUCUCCGUCUACCAGGCGGGCGCCUUCUUCGGCUCCCUCAGCGCCUAUGUCUCGUCCUACUUCCUCGGUCGCCGCAAGUCUCUCCUCCUCUUCGCCCUCAUCUUCACCGUCGGCGCCGGCAUGAUGUGCGGCGCCAACGGUGAUCGCGGUCUCGGUCUCAUCAUCGGCGGCAGAGUUCUCGCCGGUUUCGGCGUUGGUGGAUGCUCCAACAUGACACCCAUUUACAUUUCUGAACUUUCUCCACCAGCCAUCCGUGGCCGGCUGGUCGGCAUUUACGAGCUUGGAUGGCAGAUGGGUGGUCUCGUCGGUUUCUGGAUCAACUAUGGCGUCGACUCUACCAUGACCCCCGGCCACUCUCAGUGGCUGACGCCUAUCGCUGUCCAGCUGAUCCCCGCCGGUAUGCUGCUUGUUGGCGCCGUCUUCAUCCCCGAGUCGCCUCGUUGGUUGUUCUCCAAGGGAAAGAAUGAGCAGGGCCUCAAGAUUCUUUGCUGGAUUCGUAACCUCGAGCCUACCGACAUCUACAUUCAGGAGGAGAUGUCCUACAUCAACGAGGACGUCGAGAGGUACCGCCGCGAGGUCGGUGCCGGUUUCUGGAAGCCCUUCGGCGCGCUCAAGCAGAAGAAGAUCCAGUGGCGUUUCUUCCUUGGUGGCAUGCUGUUCCUCUGGCAAAACGGCUCCGGUAUCAACGCCGUCAACUACUACUCGCCCACCGUCUUCCGCUCUCUCGGCAUCCGCGGCACCAACACCGGUCUUCUCACCACCGGUAUCUUCGGUGUUGUUAAGACGGUGCUUACUUUCGUCUGGAUUCUGUGGAUGAUCGACCACAUUGGCCGCCGCAACCUGCUCAUGAUCGGUGCCAUUGGUGGUUCCAUUUGCAUGUGGAUCAUUGGCGGCUACAUUAAGAUCGCCGAGCCCCAGAACGCCGACGAGAACGCGGCCCUGACGCCCGGCGGCAUCGCCGCCAUCUUCUUCUUCUACCUCUGGACCGCCUUCUACACCCCUUCCUGGAACGGCACGCCCUGGGUUCUCAACUCGGAGAUCUACGACAACAACACCCGUUCCCUCGGCCAGGCCUGGGCCGCCGCCAACAACUGGCUGUGGAACUUCAUCAUCUCGCGCUUCACCCCGCAAAUGUUCAACUCGUGGGGUUACGGCGUUUACUUCUUCUUCGCCUCCCUCAUGAUCCUCUCCGUCCUCUUCGUCUUCUUCCUCAUCCCCGAGACCAAGUCUAUCCCUCUUGAGGUCAUGGACAGGCUGUUCGUCACGAAGCCCGUGUGGCGCGCCAACCAGAUUAUCAUGGCCGAGCUGGCCUCUGAUGAGGGCGGCCUCCGUGCUAACGCUGAGGGAAACGUGAUGGAGAAGGGAUCGCAGGAGGGCGAGGUUGACCAGUACGAGAGGAAGCAGGACCUGUAG